AUGGCGGGCACAGUGAGGAAGGCCACAAGUUUACUUCUUUUAUCUUUGUUCCUCCUCCCUUGCCUAAUGAAUGGCAAGACAUCGUUGGUGGCGACGAUCUCAGCCACAAGAUCGUGGUGCGUGUCCAAGCCGGGAAUGACAACGGAGAAACUCGUGGCGAACAUCAACUAUGCUUGCGGGAGCGGCUUAGCAGAUUGCAAAGCGAUACAGGAAGACGGCCCAUGCUACUCCACGGACGUAAUCAAAAUGGCAAGCUACGCCAUGAAUGCCUACUACUACGGCGCCGGCCACAGGGAAAUCAACUGCUACUUCGAUGGUAGCGCCCUCAUAGUCCAGCGUGACCCCUCUUACGAUGACUGCAUAUAUCCUUAA